AGAAAGAAGGGCACGAGCUAGAAGAAUGCCGCAAAAGGAAAUACGUAAACAGCAAAAAAGAACAGGACCCAAAAGAAGUCACCACAGAGCAUCAGAAUGCGGGAAAUGGGGCAGAGCCGAGCACAACCAGCGCACGUUCGGUUCAGCAGAUUCAGAGCGCUGUUUUAAGUCUGCAACGGCCCUCCACUUCUCAGCAGCAUUGAUAGACAAUACGACCUCGCUCAAGAUUGAACAGCGUGUGAAGGAAAAAGUAAGAUUGUUGGUGGAUACUGGUAGUGACGUAAAUAUGAUAAAACUUUCAGAGCUGAAGAAAAAUAUACUGGUGGACGAAACCACUAUUUACAAACUAACAGGUAUAAAUUCACAGCCAGUGUUCACCAUAGGAUCAGUCACUUUAAAAAUCCAACUUGGAACAGAAGAUACAAUUGCCGUGUUCCAGGUAACGCAUGACAACUUUCCUAUAUCAGAAGCAGGGAUUUUGGGCGCUCCAUUUCUUCGAGACAAUGGAAUAAAUAUUAACUUCAGAACCUCUUCAUUGUCGACAGAAUCUCCAAAUCCAGAACCUCCAGAACCUCAGAUUAUCCAACCACGUUCGGAAACACUCAUACCCGUCUUGACAGACAAGGAAGAUGGAACAACCUUAAUAAUCCAUGCGCAGAACAUCGGAGAAAAAGGGAUUGUAUCGGGAAAUAUUGUCAAUCAUGUAAAGGAUGGACAAAUAUUGGUCUCGGUAAUAAACACGUCAGAGGAUCCCAUCGAAUUGUUUCCACCCCGACUGGGGGGUGUGCAACACGAAAUCUUCAGAGAAUCAGGUGCCUACGUCUGUCAUCAAAUAGAAGAACAGAAAGUUAAAGAGAGCCGAAAAAAAAGGUUAACAGAAACAAUUCGAAUGGACCACCUAAAUCACGAGGAGCGAGCCAGCCUCCUACGAAUAUGUAAAAAAUAUCAGGAUUUAUUCCAUUUUGAGGGAGAACCUCUAUCGUUCACCACAGCGAUCCAGCAUGAAAUCAAAAUUCCGGAAGGAACGGCUCCAGUAAACAUCAGGCCAUAUAGGCUUCCCUACGCUCAUAGACAGGUGAUUGUCGAGCAAAUGGAAAAAUUAGAAGAGGAUAAUAUUAUUCAACCGUCAGAAUCGCCAUGGAACGCACCUCUAGUAGUGGUACCUAAGAAACCUGACGCGAACGGGAAACCACAAUUCAGGGUCUGUGUGGAUUUUCGCCGUCUCAACCAGCUUAUCAUCGGGGAUGCUUUUCCAAUUCCAAGGAUCGAUGAAAUUCUGGACCAACUAGGACGCUCCAGAUAUUACACUACGCUAGACCUCGCCAGUGGUUACCAUCAAGUACCAAUUCGACCACAAGACUGUGAGAAGACGGGAUUUUCAACAGACAAAGGUCACUUCGAGUUUGUCCGAAUGCCCUUCGGACUAUGUGGUGCCCCAAGCACGUUCCAGCGUUUGAUGAACAACGUGUUGACAGGACUGAAUGGUAUGAAGGCGUUUGUAUAUCUAGAUGAUAUUAUUAUACACGCAGUCGAUCUAAUGGAACACGAGACUAGGCUGGAAGAAGUAUUCCAACGAUUGCGGAAAUUCAACCUACAGCUUCAACCGAACAAAUGUCAAUUCCUUAGACGCGAAGUCAUCUACCUCGGACAUUUAAUAACGGAUGCGGGUGUGAGACCCGAUCCGACAAAAAUCAGCUGCGUACGAGAUCACCCCGUACCCAGAAAUCCAACCGAAAUUAAGCAAUUCCUCGGACUCUCGGGUUAUAAAUACCAGGAUAUAAUGUCGCUGUAUGAAGCUACCGCAAAAAUUUGCGGACAAAUGACAGAGCGGUUCGGAAGUACGGAAAUAUCAAAUGCAUGCGAACAAUUCGUACAGGUAUUUUCAAGAGCAACAUUGCCCUACCUGUAUGAAAUCGAAACCAGUCAUCGUAAUAUGCUGCUUUCCAUUGGAGAUAAAUACACGGGGGAAGCUAGGAUACGACGAGGAUUGGUCCACACAGUACAACGGAUGGUGAAAGUCUUGUAUGGCAUGUAUUCAAAUAUUGACACCGAUUUCAUAUUCAAACAAAUAAUAGCUCUCAGUCUAAGCAGAAAUCAGAACAUCACCUUAAGCUCGGAGAGGAUAAGAAUCAUGCAGGUGGAUACAGACAAACAGAUAAAGAAGAUCACAGAGCAUCAGGAAAAACUGGAGGAAAAUCUCCAGUAUUUACAAGAGCAAACUAGAGUAGUCAUACAAAAGCUUGACAAAAUAGAAUUUAAAACAAGGCUACUGGAACAGGCGUUUCUUUUCGAAAUUUUACUUAAUCAGUAUUCAUACGAAACCCAAAAUUUAAUGGCCGUAAUUAACUCAGCAAUGAAUGGCGAAAUACAUACAAGCGUGUUUUCAUCGGAGAAAUUUCUCAUGGAAUUGAGGGAAAUUAAGAUGAACUUACCGGUAGGAACAGCAUUGCCACUAGAACUUAAAGCAGAAUCUCUAACAGAAUUUCUACAAAUCUCUGAUCUAACAAUCCUGCAUAGAGAACACUACUUGGUCUUUCUUAUAGGAAUACCUUUAACGUCUGUUGAGGAAUAUACCAUGUAUCACCCUAUUUCACUACCCAUCCAAUAUGGCGAAAAUACCAUAGCCCUAAUUCCCCCUGAAAUCGACUACCUAGCAUUAAGUAACGAUAACGAAAAUUUUAUCUCAUUAGGGGUAAGUCAAUGGGAAUCAUGUAGUAAGUUAGAGUCAUAUACACUUUGUAAGGGUGAGCAACCGAUCCAUUACCGAACGGGAUCCAACUUAUGCGAGUUAUCUCAAUUAACUAAAUUUAACACCCAUUCGAAAGACUGUAGAGUCAAACUAGUCACAUUAGAGACACCCAUUUGGCAUCGAUUAUCGAAGACAAACUCUUGGUUGUACUAUACUCAACCAGAUUUAUGUACGAUUAAGUGCACAGAUCCUCCGCAUACAUUCAGAGUUGAGAUCUCGGGUGUGGGUAGGUUGACCACCUCCUCAUCUUGUGAAAUUCAUACAAAAAGUUCUAUACUCGUACCAUUCUCUAAAUCCAAUAGAAAUAUUAAGCUUGAUAUAAUACCGGAAAAUCGUAAAUCCAAUAUAAAAUCAAUGUUAACAGAAACUUUUUGCUCAGUUAUGCCACAGAACCUCACUAAUGUAAAAAUAUUUAAGGAUUUUAAUUCAUUAGCUCAUAGAGCAAUGGAAUCGAGUGAACUUAAGCCUAAACCCACAGAACCAUUGUUUAUUUUUAAAAUAGAAUUCCAUAUUACCAUGCUUUAUAUAUCCAUAACCUUUUCUAUAUUAUUUAUAAGUGCAGUAGCUAUAAGGUUUAAGAAUAAAAUCAUAAAAAUGUAUAAUCCGGAAAUUGCGGACAAUCUUUCAAAUAACAAUCAAGAUAACCUUUAAGUUUGUAAUUUAAAAAAAAAAAAAAAAAAACCCUUUUUGUAUUGUCUUUAAGUUAGAAGUAAAAUUAAGUUAGUUUAAGUAUAAAAGACACCAUGUGGCGGUAUUGUAACUAGGUGUACCCGUAGUUUAAGAAAUUUGUAAAAGUAGUAACUUAGGUCGCAGGGACUGCUCCAGUUUAACGCUGGGGGUAUGUUGUAUAUGCAUGCCUGUGUGUAUGUAUAUAUGUAUGUAUGUAUGUAUGUAUAUAU